AUCUUUCCAAGAACAGAUUUACUGAAAUUCCUCCUGAUGUCUGGCUGUUUGCACCGCUGGAAACGCUGAAUUUGUAUCACAACUGCAUCAAAUCCAUUCCAGAAUCUAUAAAAAACCUGCAAAUGCUUACCUACCUUAACAUUAGUCGAAAUCUGUUAUCAACGUUGCCAAAAUACCUGUUUGAUCUUCCACUUAAAGUUCUGGUUGUCAGUAAUAAUAAGCUGGUCUCCAUUCCAGAAGAAAUUGGAAAGCUGAGAGAUCUAAUGGAGUUGGAUGUUAGCUGCAAUGAACUUCAGGUUCUUCCCCAGCAAAUAGGAAAACUGCAGUCACUUAGAGAAUUAAACAUAAGAAGAAAUAAUCUCCAUAUGUUGCCAGAUGAACUAGGAGAACUUCCUUUGGUAAAGCUGGAUUUUUCUUGUAAUAAAAUUACAGAAAUUCCAAUUUGUUACAGAAAGUUACGUCACUUACAAGUAAUAGUUUUGGAUAACAAUCCGAUGCAGAUACCACCAGCACAGAUAUGUUUAAAGGGUAAAGUGCAUAUAUUUAAAUUCCUCAGCAUUCAGGCAUGCCUCAGAAUAGAUAAAAAACCAGAUUCCUUGGAUCUUCCAUCACUGGGUAAACGAAUCCCCUCCCAGCCUCUCACAGACAGUAGCAUAGAGGACUUUUAUCCCAAUAAAAAUCAUGGACCAGACUCCGGCAUUGGAAGUGAUAAUGGAGAUAAAAGGUUGUCCACAACAGAACCAUCUGAUGAUGACACAAUCAGCCUUCACUCCCAGGUAUCAGAAUCAACAAGGGAACAGACAUUGAGGAAUGACAAUCAUGUAGUUGGGAAUAAACUCGAUCCACAGAAAGACCAGGAGGUGUAUGAUUACAUUGAUCCUAAUGCAGAGGAGGGAGCUGUUCCUGAGCAGGGAGAUGUACAGAUUGGACCAUUGCUGUCUUAUAUAAAGGAACGAGGAAAACACCCUGAGAAAUCCCAGAAGACAGAGCACAAUGAGGACUGGGGAGAUGAAAAAAGACUUCAGAAAGAGCAGCUGCUGGCUGAAGAAGACGAUGAAAUCAAAGAGGUGACAGACUUGAGAAAAAUAGCAGCUCAGUUACUGCAGCAAGAACAAAAACACAGGCUUCUUAAUCAUUCGGCCUCAGUAAGCACGAGGAACAGGCCAAAGCAGCCAGUGGAGUCCGAAAAAUGUGUCUCAGCAGAUGAAGUGAACUCUCCAGUGUCUCCAUACAGCUGGCAGCCGCUGGAAAACCAGAAGGAUUCAGUGGAUGAGCAGCGUUGGCCGGAAACACAGCCAAUAAUUUGGCAGAAUGAAGAAAGGAGGAGAAGUAAACAGAUUAGAAAAGAGUAUUUCAAGUAUAAAUCUUCCAGAAAGAGUUCAAGUGGAAAUGAAAACGAUGAGCAAGACAGUGAUAAUACUAAUGUGUCCCCACAGUCUCCUGUAUCGUCCGAGGAUUAUGAGAGGACUGAUAGUAACACUCAUGGUCCGUUUGGUCUCAAACCAAGGUCAGCUUUCAGCCGUGCAACUCGACAGGACUACGGGGCAAUGGAUCCUGGAUUUACAAUGAGGAGGAAAAUGGAGCAUUUAAGGGAAGAAAGGGAACAAAUAAGACAACUUCGCAAUAAUCUUGAAUCAAGGUUGAAAGUAAUCUUGCCGGAUGAUAUUGGGGCAGCACUGAUGGAUGGAGUAGUUCUUUGCCAUUUAGCCAAUCACAUAAGGCCACGCUCUGUUGCCAGCAUUCACGUACCAUCGCCAGCAGUGCCUAAACUCAGUAUGGCAAAGUGCCGAAGAAACGUUGAAAACUUUCUGGAUGCUUGUAAGAAAUUGGGUGUUCCACAGGAGAGACUUUGCUUGCCUCAUCACAUACUGGAGGAAAGGGGUCUGGUGAAAGUUGGCCUCACAGUUCAAGCUCUGCUUGAAUUGCCUACGUUGAAAGUGUCUCAGCUUUCCUCCAUGUAACGCUUGGGAGCUCUGGAGCAGUUCAGCUUCCUACAUAGGAUUCCUACAUAGGAACAUCCAAGCCAUCAAAAACUAAUGUCUGUCCAGAUGCUGUAGAGAGCCUUACUUUGGGAUUGUACAUGAAAACCUUGGAGUCAGCUGAUGUUAAAGUAGCAUAAUGAUUCAUUUUCUUUUGUAAUUGGAUGCACAAAGAUUUUGGUAGCAUCAGGUUCUCUUUCCAUUUAAAAGUUGAAAACUUUAAGUUAAAAAUUACCAUUUAGCAUCUCACAGUGUUACAUUCAAAUGCUGGAUUUCUUUUUCUACAUUGGAAAUGGUUUUUGGAUUAAUUCAGAAGUACAAAACCUGACCCUCCUUGCUUGAACUAUUAAGGCCAACUGUCUGAUUUAAAAGGUAAAACAAAAACGUGGCGAUGCCAUGAUGGUAAAAAUGCAGUGACUGAUACCUGUAAUCCUCUUCCACUCUCUUAGACACCAUAAUAUUAGUGUUUUCUUCUUAUUUUUUGCACUCCUGAUUGUAACUUCCGCACUUCGCAACAUUGCCAGUAUUUAGUCUGAGUGUAUGGUGACGCAAAACAGUAAUCAAUGGGAAAAAGGACGCGCUGAGUUUUUUUCCAGUCUUCUAGGUUGGUGCCAAAUAUUUUUUUCAGUUGUACUGUAGAUUGUUUACAUGUGAAGUGCCUGUGUAAUUGAUAACUCUUAAUAGUCUUAAACAUUUGAGAUUUCUUUGUUGGAAAUAGAUAAAAUGGGAAUUUUUAAAUAUUUUAAUAGUUUUUUGUAAAAUCGAUACGUGAAGAUUUAACUAAUGCUUCACACUUUUGAUGUUGGGUGUUUUAAGUUUGUUGCACAAUUGAUUAUGUUGUUGUCUGAUAAUUAGAAAAUACUGUAAAUACACUUUAUUUAUGAUAUUUAAUUUGAUAAUACCUAAUCUUUUUUUGAUUUAAUGUAUUGUUGGAUAAACAAAGUUGUCUACUUUUCUUUGCUUGGGACAAACAAAUAUACACGGUGAGUACGA